GACUGGUAUUACUAAUAUCAGAAUGUUGAAUGCAAGAAUGUGUAUUGAUGAACUUUGUAGUUUUUGUAGAUGCUAUGGUCUAUGUAUCGGUAAAGACUGUUGCAUUCACUUGCUUCGUAGUGUUUCAUAUGCUUGUGUUUGAAUAUCUUUUACCUGAUUUGUUUUAAUGUAUUGUAGGAAAUCUUGAUCUGAUCUCUCUUAGCUUGAGGGUGCAGAACAAUUUAAUUGUAUCCACAAUUUGAUUUAGUCGUUACAUUGAUUUUUUGUUUUCUUCUGGUACUGGUAUCCUAGGCUUAUAGGUAAAGUUUCCUUAAUUAGCAAACAAUUUAUGUGUAUUUAACUGUUUAUGAAGUAUUUGGAGUUGAAGAAAAUAUUGCGUUAAUAGUCGAAAAGUUAAUUUGGGGGAAAACGUCAGAUCAAAACUUAAAGAUGAAUUUUUAAUUUUGGACUGUAGGAACUUGUGAGAGUUGCAUAUUUAAUAUUAUUUCUGGAAUGGUGUUAAACUUUCUGACAUCCCAAAAUGAAAAAAAACGUUUCUUAUGAACUGGGAUAGAUGGAAUAUGAUGAUUCGGCUACUUACCGCAAAUAUAGAUGUUGAAAGAAGAGAUUGGGCUAGGGCUUACUGGAUUUGGAGUAUUCUUCUCAUUCUUGGGGAUUAUGUUCUUCUUUGAUAAGGGACUAAUUGCCAUGGGAAAUAUCCUCUUCUUCUCAGGGGUGGCACUAACCAUUGGUCUCAAGUCAUCCAUGCAAUUUUUUAUGAAGCGCAACAAUUAUAAGGGAACAGCUUCAUUUGGUGCUGGCUUUUUCUUUGUUGUCAUUGGUUGGCCUGUAUUAGGAAUGAUUCUCGAGUCUUAUGGAUUCAUUAUACUCUUCAGUGGUUUCUGGCCAACGGUGUCGGUGUUCCUGCAAAAGAUACCUAUUCUAGGUUGGAUCUUCCAGCAGCCCUUUGUCAGAUCGUUCUUUGACCGCUACCGUGGAAAACGAGUCCCUGUAUAAACGUCAGUUAAAUGGUGCAAUGAAGCGAACAUCAGUUAACCUUGUAUGUUUGUAAAGUACUCUGUUCUCAGGAUUGCCGUUUCGAAGGGUAUUGACACAACUUGACAGUAUAGUUUGUUCGCAGUUGGUGUGAGCCUUGGCGCCUACCGAACUUUUUCGACUGCAAAACUUUUUUUUUUAUAUCUUAGUUUCUAGAGCAAAAGAAUUAAUUUUGUUUCAUUAAGUUCUAUGAUGUGCUGAACUUUCCGAUUUAACUUUUGCCAAUUCAUCGACAUAUGAAAUGUGUUUCUGACUACAAUGGACGCUUCUUACGCUAUACAAUGGACGCUUCUUACUGUA